AUGUCUCAAUCAAUAACUUCUGAAAUUUCACAUGAACAUCAGAUUCCUCGAGCAGAUUCAGAAGCCGCAGCGACAACUUCAGAAUUCGAAUCGAAGAAAUCUGAAAAUCAAUCUGAAAAUGAGAAAAAUCGCGAAGGUUUUUCGAAUCCGCUCGAAUUUGUCCUAACAGCGUUGGGAUUGGCAGUCGGAUUGGGAAAUAUUUGGCGGUUUCCGACGCGCGCUUUUGAGAAUGGUGGAUGUGAGUUUGGGCUGGGCUGGGGGGGGGGCCUGAAAUCGGGCCGGGCCGGAAAAUUCCCGUCAGAAUGAUAUAGAACAUGCUUAGUAGGGUUACUUUUUCUUUAAUAUGAGCAAUCUUCUAUCUCGAGCGGAGCGAGUGUAGACCGCAAGCUUCCGCGUAAGCGGCACUAUCUUCCGCUUCAGCGGCCACGCGGAUUGCUAUGACGUGGAAAAUGACGUCACAGCAAUCCGCGUGUCCGCUACGCGGAAGCUUGCGGUCUACACUCGCUUCGCUCGGAAGAAAAACAAGCUUCCGCUUAGAAUAUCUGCAGGCAUUCCGCGUGGCCGCUGCGCGGAAGACAGUGCCGCUUACGCGGAAGCUUGCGGUCUACACUCGCUCCGCUCGACCUUCUUUAACUUGUACCUUUAACCUGAGCAAUCCUCUAUAUCGAGCGGAGCGAGUGUAGACCGCUAUCUUCCGCGUAAGCGGCACUAUCUUCCGCUUUAGCGGCCACGCGGAUGGCUAUGACGUGAAGAUUUUCCACGUGGCCGCUAACGCGGAAGCUAGCGGUCUACACUCGCUUCGCUCGGAGGACAAACUAGCUUCCGCGCAGCGGCCACGUGGAAUAUCUGCAGACAUUCCACGUGGCCGCUGCGCGGAAGCUUGCGGUCUACACUCGCUCCGCUCGACCUUCUUCAACUUGAGGAAUUCUUUAUAACCUGAGCAGCCCUCUACCUCGAGCGGAGCGAGUGUAGACCGCUAUCUUCCGCGUAAGCGGCACUAUCUUCCGCUUUAGCGGCCACGCGGAAUGCUUGCAGAUAUUCCACGUGGCCUCUGCGCGGAAGCUUGUUUUUCCUCCGAGCGAAGCGAGUGUAGACCGCAAGCUUCCGCGUUAGCGGCACUGUCUUCCGCGCAGCGGCCACGCGGAUUGCCUGCAGAUUUCCACGUCACAGCAUUCCGCGUGGCCGCUAAAGCGGAAGCUUGCGAUUUACAAUCCUAUCUACAUGUUCCAGCCGCCUUCCUAAUUCCCUACUUAAUUUGUGCCAUCCUUUUUGGUCUCCCUGGUGUGUAUCUCGAAAUGUUAACUGGACAAUAUCAAGGUGUCUCUCCACCAAUAGUUUUCCGUCGAAUCGCUCCAUUUUUGGAGGGAAUUGGCUGGAUGCCAGCAAUUGUUGCGUCAGCCAUCGGAAUUUAUUAUAUAUUGAUUAUUUCGUGGGUAGUACUGUACAUUUUCAAUUUAUUUCGCGGUGAUUUGAAUGUUUGGAACAAGUGUGAUAAUUUUUGGAAUGAUCCUGAGACUUGUAUUGAUAUGUUGAAACAAAAACAUUGCUGGAAUCUGACGGAAGGGUAGGAAACCUUUUUUUUCAGCAUUUUUUGGAGCAUUUUGACACCAAAAAUGAGCAUUUUCUGAUCAUUUUGAGCUACAAAUCAAUUUUGAAUCUGAAAUUUUUGCACCAUUUUUUUCGCCUCGAAAUUUGCCGCAAAAAGUGUAUUUUUAAAAUUUUCCGUAAAAAAAAUAAAAAUUUGAAUUUUUCACAAAAACACCAGAUUUGCAUUGGAGCGCACUUGCAAUUUUUGGCAAAAUUUUUUGAUUUUUAGGGUUAGACUAGGUUCAUUCUGUGCCAAAUUUUAUGGCGAAAAAAAUGGCACCAAAAUUUUUGAACUUGAAAUUCCUGAAUUUAAUUUCAGGUCAAUUUUAGGAUAAAAAUAUUUUUUUUUACCUGAAAUUUGAUCAAAAAUUGAUAUUUUCAGCUCAAAAUGAUCAGAAAAUGGUGUUUUUUGUAUCAAAAUGAUCAGAAUUUUCCCGAAAAUCCCAAAAUUAAGCCGAUUUUCAUCGGAUUUUCAAUUUCCUAACCUGAGCAAUCAUUUUUUUUUCAGAAUUUCCAACUCGAAUUUGAGAUGGGUAUUUCUGAAUGGCUCAUGUCAAGAGGUCUCCUCUUCAAUCCAAUUCACAAGUGCUACGGAACAAUAUUUGAUGCGGAACAUAAUCCGCAAGUCCGCACGCGGAAUGAUGGAUUUGGGUGAUUUUAAUACGCCUGUCUUUUUGGCAAUGACUUUUUGCUGGAUUUUGAAUGGAUUGGUGAUUUGGAAGGGAAUGCGGAUUAUGGGAAAAAUUGCCUAUGUGAGUUUGGGGACUAGUUUUGAUGGCCUAGAAAUCCAAAAACUCGGCCACCUCUCAAAAACCUUUGGGGUAGACCGCAAGCUUCCGCGUAAGCGCUGAUUUUCCACGUCAUAGCAAUCCGCGUGGCCGCUGCGCGGAAGAUAGUGCCGCUUACGCGGAAGCUUGCGGAUUACACUCGCGCCAAAGGCGCUCGAGACAAUUUUCGAGCGGAGCGAGUGUAGACCGCAAGCUUCCGCGUCAGCGGCACUAUCUUCCGCGCAGCGGCCACGUGGAAAAUCUUCACGUCAUAGCAAUCCGCGUGGCCGCUGCGCGGAAGACAGUGCCGCUUACGCGGAGGCUUGCGGUCUACACUCGCUCCGCUCGGAAUUUGUGACAGUUUGAUGGCUGCGGACUAGUUUUUGAUGGCCUAGGAAUCCAAAAACUCGGCCACCUCCCAAACACCUUUGAGGUAGACCGCAAGCUUCCGCGCAGCGGCCACGUGGAUUUGCUAUGACGUGGAAUAUCUCCAGGCAUUCCGCGUGGCCGCUGCGCGGAAGAUAGUGCCGCUUACGCGGAAGCUUGCGGAUUACACUCGCUCCGCUCGAAUGAGAUAUCAAAAUGAUCAGAAUUUCAAGCUGAAUCCAAAUUUCCAUCCCAAAAUUUGUUAAAAAUUUAAUUUCAGGUCACAACCCUUCUUCCCUAUGCCCUUAUUUUGAUAAUGUUUGUUCGUGGAAUAACAUUGGAAGGUGCUUCAACAGGUCUUUAUUAUUUCUUCCUCAAUCCUGAUUAUUCUCGAAUUCUUUCGCCGAAAACCUGGAUUGCUGCAUUGUCUCAACUAUGUUUUUCACUGGCGUUGGGUAAAUUUUGGAAUUUUCAGAUUUUACAGUUGUUUCUGAUCAUUUUAAGCUAAAAAACCCCAAUUUUCGAGCAUUUUGAGCUGAAAUUCAAUUUUGAAUCUGAACCAUUUUUUUCGCCGUGAAAUUUGGCACAAAAAUUGUAUUCUCAAAAUUUUCCGUAAAAAAAAUAAAAAUUUGAAUUUUUCACAAAAACACCAGAUUUGCAUUGGAGCGCACUUGCAAUUUUUUCGCAAAAAUUUUUGAUUUUUGGGGUUAGACUAGGUUCAUUCUGCACCAAAUUUCAUGGCGAAAAAAAUUGCUGCAAAAUUUUUGAACUUGAAAUUCCUGAAUUCAAUUUCAGGUCAAUUUUAGCUUAAAAAAACCCCACUUUUUGAGCUGAAAUUCAAUUUUGAAUCUGAACCAUUUUUUUCACCGUGAAAUUUGACGCUAAACCUGUAUUUUUGAAAUUUUCCGUAAAAAAAAUAAAAAUUUGAAUUUUUCACAAAAACGCUAGAUUUGCACUGGGGCGCACUUGCAGUUUUUUGUGGAAAUUUUUGAUUUUUUGGGGUUAGACUAGGUUCAUUCUGCCCCAAAUUUUAUGGCGAAGAAAAUUGCUGCAAAAUUUUUCCUGAAUUUAAUUUCAGGUCAAUUUUAGGAUAAAAAUGAUGAAAAAUGGCUCAAAAUGCUCAGAAAAUCAUGUUUUUUGUAUGAAAAUGAUCAGAAUUUUUCGAAAAAUUUCAAAAAAUGACCGAAAAUCAAUUUCAGGUCAAGGUGGAUUAAUGUCAAUGGCCUCUUAUAACAAAAAAUCCUCAAAUUGUUUCAUCAACGCUUUGGUUGUGAUAAUUGGUGAUACAUUAAUGAGUGUAAUUGGUGGAGCUGCUGUAUUCUCAACUUUGGGAUUUCUAGCAAAACAGCGAAAUGUUGAAGUAUCAGAAGUUGUUCAAAGUGGUCUCAGUUUGUCAUUUGUUGUUUAUCCCGAAGCUUUUACACAAAUGCCAAUUCCAUGGUUAUGGGCUUUUUUAUUCUUUCUAACUCUAUUUUUAUUAGGAAUUAGUAGUGAGAUUGGUGAGUUUAACAUGAGCAAUAUUUGUUUUUUCGAAAAUCCCGUGAAAUUCCGAUCAAAAUGAGAUAUCGCAUGAUAUAUUUUUAGAAAACCGCAAGCUUCCGCGUAAGCGGCACUAUCUUCCGCGCAGCGGCCACGCGGAUUGCUAUGAUAUGGCAAACGUCAUAGCUAUCCGCGUGGCCGCUGCGCGGAAGAUAGUGCCGCUUACGCGGAAGCUUGCGGUCUACACUCGCUUCGCUCGAUGGAUUGCUCAGGUUAGAGAAAAAUCGAUUCAAGAAAUUUUAUUGCUCAUGUUAGACACUAGAGAUUGCUCAUUCUAGAAAAGGCUGUUGCUCAGGUUAGAGACGCAGACAAAAAUAUAUAUUGCUCAUGUUAAACUCACAUAAAAACAUCAAGUGAUUGCUCAGGGUGAGUUUAACAUGAGCAAUAUAUGUAUAUUUUUGUCUGCGUCUCUAACCUGAGCAAUAGCAUUUUCCAUCUGAGGCUUUUCUAGAGAGCAAUCUCUGCGUCUCUAGUGUCUAACAUGAGCAAUACUAUUUUUUCAAUCGAUUUUUCUCUAACCUGAGCAAUCCGUCGAGCGAAGCGAGUGUAAACCGCAAGCUUCCGCGCAGAGGCCACGCGGUUUACUAUGACGUUUGCCAUAUCAUAGCAAUCCGCGUGGCCGCUGCGCGGAAGAUAGUGCCGCUUACGCGGAAGCUUGCGGUCUACACUCGCUCCGCUCGAAAAAUGUCUCGAGCGCCUUUGGCGCGAGUGUAAACCGCAAGCUUCCGCGAAGCGGCCACGCGGAUUGCCUGCAGAUUUUUUCACGUAACAGCUUAUCCGCGUGGCCGCUUACGCGGAAGCUUGCGGUCUACACUCGCUCCGCUCGAAAUCCAUUUUCCCCCCAGAAUUUCGUAUUUGGAUUCCUAGGCCACGCAAAACCUAGUCCCCGGCCAUAAAACUAUUACAAAUUCCGAGCGGAGUGAGUGUAGACCGCAAGCUUCCGCGUAAGCGGCACUAUCUUCCGCGCAGCGGCCACGCGGAUUGCUAUGAUAUGGCAAACGUCAUAGCAAUCCGCGUGGCCGCUGCGCGGAAGAUAGUGCCGCUUACGCGGAAGCUUGCGGUUUUCUAAAAUAUAUCAUAAAAUACCUCAUUUUGCUCCAAAUUUCACGGGAUUUUCGAAUUUUCUAACCUGAGCAAUCCUAAAUUCUCCUAAUUUCAAAUUUUUCCAGCUCUAACCGAAGUCUUUUGCACGUGUCUCUAUGAUCAAUAUCCAAAACUACGCUCUUCAAAAUGGUUGGUCUCUUUUGUAUGGUGUCUAUUUUUAUACGUUUGCGGUCUGAUUUUUUCAUUUUCCGGUGGUUUUUAUUAUUUCGAACUUUUCGAUGAAUAUUCCGCUGGUUUUUCUUCAAUGACAGCUGUCACUUUUGAAAUUUUGACCGUCAUUUUUGUGUACGGUAUUCGAAAUUUCAAAUUUGAUUUGGUUUCGAUGAUUGGACCGGCAAGGAAUUGGUUUACUGGGUUUUUUGGAGCACAGAGCCCGUAUUUUUUGAUAAAUUGGCUCGUUAUUAGCCCCAUUUUGGGUGAGUUUUUGGGAUUUUUGAGCAUUUUUAGGUCAAAAAUGAAAAUUUUGAGCAUUUUCUGAGCAUUUUGGCCUGAAAAUUGCCAUUUUUCGUGAUUUUUGAGCAUUUUCUGAGCAUUUUAAGCUAAAAAUUGCCAUUUUUGAGCAUUUUCUGAGCAUUUUGGCCUGAAAAUGCUUGUUUUUCGCAAAUUUCGAGCAUUUUUUGCUCAUUUUAAGCUAAAAAUGCUCAUUUCUCGUGAUUUUUGAGCAUUUUCUGAGCAUUUUGAGCUGAAAAUUGCCAUUUUUGAGCAUUUUCUGAGCAUUUUGAGCAAUUUUUCAUAAUUUCAUCCUAAAAAACCUGAUUUUAGCGCAAAAAUCAAAAAUUUUUGCGAAAAAUUGCAAGUGCGCUCCAAUGCAAAUCUUAUGUUUUUAUGAAAAAUUCAAAUUUUCAACUGAAAAUUGCAAGUGCGCUCCAAUGCAAAUCUUCUAUUUUUAUCAAAAAUUCAAAUUUUUAGACGUCAAAAUGGGAUUUUUUUUUGAUUACCGUACUUUUGAGCCUAAAAAUGCUUAAAAUUUGAGAUUUCUAGCUGAAAAUGAUCAGAAAAUGCUCAUUUUUGGUGUCAAAAUGCUCCAAAAAUGCUCCAAAAAUCAAAUUUCAGGUGUUGGAUUGCUCAUAUUAUCGCUAAUCCGCGAUUAUCCCUACAAUAAUGAUGCUCAAAAAUAUCCAAUAUAUUUUGAUAUUUUUGGCUGGAUUCUCGCCUCAAUUCCAGUCUCAAUGGUCCCAAUUUUCGCGGUCCGAAACUUUUUGUAUUUCAAAAAUAAUCGAUAUCCAAUACGUGGCAUUUUUAAACUACAAAAACAACAUGUUUCCUAUAAUCGCAUCAAAAAUAUCGCGGAAGAUUCGUCUAACAUGAGCAAUGCCGAAAAUUUGCCGGAAAAUGAGCCGUGGGAAAGUUCGGUGAUGCGAAAAUAUGAGAAAUUGGAAUGGCCUAAAAAUAAGAGCUUUUUCGCGCCACUUUUGAAAAAUGAAUAA